GGGGGGGGCUAGUUGAAAUGCGCGGUGCAUUCUGCUGUGGAGGGCGAAGCGAGCAGCCGUCCGCAGGGCAGCGUAACUGCUCGACAUAUCUAAAGCGAUCCAUCUGCUUUCGCGCACUGGGAGGAAGAAAUCCCGCGUGGAAGUCCACGACAUUUUCUUUUCUCCAAAUUGCGAUUUAGGGGGGGUGGAAGUUGCGUUGCUUUGCCCGGCGCCACCGAGCAGUCCCGACCCUUCGCAGCCCGGCUCGGGCUGAUUUGUCCCCCUACGGAGUGCGCAGAUUUCCUGAGCCCAGACCGGUCCACAGAGCGAGGAGUUGCCUGGAGAGUGUCGAUGCAAUGAUCCCAAGGUGAGCCGGCGUACCGUUGCGUUGGUCUGGCGGAGCUCGACGUGUAGAGGAAACUGAGAAACACAAAAUGUCUGCUGCUAACAUCGCCCUCCUCCUCCUCCUCUUCCCCAAGGUUUCCAGCCAACAGGUCCCCUCUAACUGUGUGAUCAAGAGGGAGCAGGAGAGAUGCCUGAUAAUGAUGGCCUCGGAUGAUCCUGGGAACUAUCCAGAAUUUGGCUGUCCUAGGAUGUGGGACAACCUGACGUGUUGGGAGCCGGCCGCGUUCGGCGAGGUCGUCGAAGUCAACUGUCCUGAACUCUUCUAUCAGUCCAUGAUUGAAGAAGACUUCGAGCGGGGGAAGGUGAGUCGAAACUGCACUGAGUUCGGCUGGUCAGAGACUUUUCCUCAUUACAUCGAUGCCUGCAUGGGUGAAGACGGGAAUGGCAGCCAUCCUGCGGACAACGUGUACUUUGUGUCAGUGAAGGCUCUGUACACCGUGGGCUACAGCACCUCUUUGGUGUCCCUCACCACGGCCAUGGUCAUCCUGUGCAGGUUCAGGAAGUUGCACUGUACCAGGAACUUCAUCCACAUGAACCUCUUUGUGUCAUUCAUCUUGAGAGCUAUUUCAGUCUUCAUCAAAGACGGCGUGCUGUACGCCAAAGAGGACAGCGAGCACUGCUUCAUACGCACUCUGGAGUGUCGAGCGGUGAUAAUAUUCUUCCAUUACUGCGUCCUCUCUAACUACUUCUGGCUCUUCAUCGAGGGUCUGUAUCUCUUCACUUUACUGGUGGAGACCUUCUUCCCUGAAAAGAGAUACUUCUACUGGUACAUCAUCAUCGGCUGGGGAACCCCCACUGUGUGUGUGACCAUCUGGGCGGUGCUGAAGCUCCACUUUGAUGACGUUGGGUGUUGGGACAUGAAUGACAACGCUGCCAUCUGGUGGGUGAUCAAGGGACCUGUGCUCGCUUCAAUCAUGAUCAACUUUGUGCUCUUCAUCGGCAUCAUCAUCAUCCUUGUCCAGAAGUUACAGUCCCCAGAUAUCGGUGGAAAUGAAUCCAGUAUUUACUUGAGGUUGGCCCGCUCCACUCUGCUACUGAUCCCUCUGUUUGGGAUCCACUACACGGUGUUUGCCUUCUCCCCUGAGAACGUGAGCAAGAGAGAGCGUCUGGUGUUUGAGCUCGGCCUCGGCUCCUUCCAGGGCUUUGUGGUAGCCGUCCUCUACUGCUUCCUCAACGGAGAGUAUAUCCCUCAAGGUGCAAUCGGAGAUCAAGAGGAAAUGGCGCAGCUGGACGGUGAACAGAUACUUUGCUGUGGACCUGAAGCACCGGCAUCCUUCGCUGGCGAGCAGUGGGGUCAACGGGGGCACGCAGCUGUCCAUCCUCAGCAAGAGCAGCUCGCAGAUCCGCAUGUCCAGCCUGCAGGCCGAGACCCCGGCCACCUGAACGGCACCGUCUCCGCACCGGACGCCACCCAGCCUGCCACACCCACCCUCGUCCCGAUGACCAGCCUCACCAACCCGUUCCUCAACCCGUACCCCGACCCGUACCCCGACGAAACCGUGAUGGAAACCCAGCUCCACUCCAGCGACCCUGAACAGCCUCUAGUCUGACUUGCUCCGCCCCUCGAAGCAUGAAACCUGAACGUCAGGGGCCAAAUCAGGAAUCUCUUGGUGUAAAACAAACGUAGUCCUCCUGUUCCCUGAGCGGUCUCUGGCCUUCAAAGAGCCCGAUUGGGAAUUCUAGUGUACUGUACAGUUUAUCUUGUUGGGCUGUAACAUGCAAAACAAGCAUGGUUAUCUCUGUAUAUAUUGUGUUUGUCUGGUGCUGCAGAAUUUGCUCCUGUAAAGCCCGUUUGUUACUGCAGCCCUCUCACAGUGAUCAUUCCAGUCCGUUCACCCUUUCCUCCAAAUAUGUGUCAGACUGUAACUAUACACUGUACUCGUCUCUCAGCUGCCGUGCCAUGUGAAACGGCUCCAUUUAAGACCAUGUAAAUACCUUAAAGGGCCAGUCCACUGAUUUUCCACGUCACGUGUAUCAGCCUGUGAUGUAAGGUCUUGUGUGGCUAUCGAGUGGCUGGAAAACCUAACCCUAGUGAUGUCACAGUGAUGUCAUUAGAUGAAAAAUACACAUUUAUCUGAAAAACUGGAUUACAAACUUAGGGCGUGGCGUUUGAGAGAUGCUGGGAUUUACCAGGCGAGCAGAAGCUGUUGAAAAGUUACAGUUUGCUGCACUGUGAGAAAUUUACUAUCCAGCGACUUUGGAGUUUUUUUUCCCAAACAGUAUUUCGUCCUGCUGCUUUGAUUCUGACCCGCCCUGAUGUACAGUAAAUAGCUUACAUGAGGAUUUUUGUUAAAUGUGUUGACGACAAUUCAAAGAAUGAAGGUUCCCGCACACAUCAGGGUUACCAAAGGGAACUUCUUCUUUUUUUGAAUCCAUGUUAUGGAUGGAGCUGAGGACCAGCUGAAGCAUUGUGGACCCCAGGUCGUACCCGGACAUAUUGAACCCAUUCGGAAAGCUCAGUAUUAUUUCCCACUUCUGGCACUAAGCCUUCGUUUCCUGGGUAAACUGGGACUGAUGUGCAACAACACAUGAGUGUUGAAGACCACCAGACUGAGGAACAUUAAAGGCGAGAUGUUUUACCUUCAUCUAACAAGCAAAACUUGGAAAAGCAGUAUUCACGAGGAGGACAGGUUUUCUACAUUUGUGUGAAAUGCCAAAAAAAAAAAAAAAGAA